GCUCCGGGGCCCGCGGCCCGAGGGGAGGUCCCCGCGAGGUGGUUCUGGGCUCCUCCUCGGCGCUCAGGUUUCCUCUUCCCGCCCGCCGGCUGCUGGCUGCGGCACCGCCUCCGUCCCCCUUCUCCCUCCCUCCCCGCGGCUGGGCCCGCUCUGCGGCCUCCUCCCGCUCGCUCUCUCCGUUCCCCUCGAGCCUCCGAGGAGCCCGCAGCCGCCGGGCGCCCGGGAAGAUGGCGGCGGCGGGAGACGGCGGCGGCGAAGGGGGCGCGGCGGCGCCGGGGUCGGGGCUGCGCGGGCCGAGCCCCUUCUCCGAGGCGCGCGGCGACGCCCGGGGCCCCUUACCCGCGGCGCUGCACCCGGAGGAGGUCGCCGCGCGGCUGCAGCGGAUGCGCCGGGAGCUUAGCAACCGCAGAAAAAUCCUGGUGAAGAACCUGCCCCAGGACAGCAGCUGCCAGGAAGUUCAUGAUUUAUUACAAGACUAUGAAUUAAAAUACUGUUAUGUGGACAGAAAUAAGCGAACAGCUUUUGUUACCUUAUUGAAUGGGGAACAAGCCCAGAAUGCGAUUCAGAUGUUUCAUCAAUAUUCUUUUCGAGGAAAAGACUUAGUAGUCCAGCUCCAGCCAACAGAUGCUUUGCUAUGUAUCACCAACUUGCCCACUUCUUUUACAUUAGAAGAGUUUGAAGAACUUGUUCGUGCUUAUGGAAAUGUCGAAAGAUGUUUUCUUGUCUACAGUGAAGUUACUGGCCAUUCCAAAGGCUACGGAUUUGUAGAAUACAUGAAAAAGGACUUUGCUGCAAAGGCUCGAUUGGAGCUAUUGGGUAAACAGUUGGGAGCAUCAGCUGUCUUUGCACAGUGGAUGGAUGUUAAUCUACUGGCCGCAGAGCUCAUUCAUUCUAAGUGCCUUUGUAUAGAUAAACUCCCUAGUGACUAUAGGGAUUCAGAGGAGCUGUUGCAGUUUUUUUCCAGUAUCCAUAAACCUGUGUUUUGCCAGCUUGCACAGGAUGAAGGUAGUUAUGUUGGUGGCUUUGCAGUGGUUGAAUAUAGCACUGCAGAGCAUGCUGAAGAGGUUCAACAAGCAGCUGAUGGUAUGACCAUCAAGGGAAGCAAAGUUCAAGUUUCCUUCUGUGCCCCGGGAGCACCAGGGCGAAGUACCUUAGCAGCACUGAUAGCAGCUCAACGUGUGAGGCACAGUAAUCAAAAGGGAUUACUUCCAGAGCCAAAUCCAGUGCAAAUCAUGAAAAGUUUAAACAACCCUGCCAUGUUGCAAAUUCUUCUACAACCCCAGCUCUGCGGGCGGACUGUUAAACCAGCAGUUCUUGGAACACCUCACAGCUUGCCGCAUCUGAUGAAUCCAUCCAUCUCCCCUGCAUUUUUACACUUGAAUAAAGCACAUCAGAGCUCACUUAUGGGUAAUACUUCUAAUUUAUUUCUUCAGAAUCUUUCUCACGUACCACUGGCUCAGCAACAGCUAAUGAAGUUUGAGAAUAUACAUACCAAUAAUAAACCGGGCUUACUUGGAGAACCCCCAGCUAUGGUACUUCAGACUGCCGUAGGGAUAGGGUCACCGCUUCCAUUGAAAACAGAGCUGGGCCAUCUUGGAGAAGUACAUAAAACACCUAAUUUGAUUCCAACUCAAACAACCAUAACAACUGGCAUGGGCAUGUUACCAUUCCUUCCAAAUCAGCACAUUGCUGGACAAGCUGGACCAGGGCAUGGGAGCACUCAGGAGAAACAGCCAGCAUUGGUGGGAAUGGCAGAAGGAAAUUUCUCAGGGUCACAGACUUAUCUGCAGAGCUUUCCAAACCUUACUGCUGGUGGCUUGCUCACAGGACAUCAAAAGCAACAACAAAGUCAGCCAAAAGGCCUGGAGAUAAGUUCAGGGGCUGCCUCUAAGAAUCAGACUUCACUCUUGGGAGAGCCACCAAAAGAAAUUCGGCUCAGUAAAAAUCCAUACUUGAACUUGGCAAGUGUGUUGCCCAGUGUGUGCUUAUCAUCCCCUGCAAGUAAAACCACUGUACAGAAGACUGGAAUUGCAAGCAGCAUUCUGGAUACAAUCUCUCAGGGAAAUGAAUCACAACACACAUUGGAGAAGUGCAUUGCUUAUUCUCAGCCUUUUGGUGAUUAUGCACAGGUCUCAUCUUUAAGAAAUGAAAAGCGAGGCUCAUCAUAUCUCGUCUCUGCCCCAGAAGGUGGUUCAGUGGAAUUUGUUGACCAGCAUUCUCAGGGCACAGGAGCAUAUUACAUGGAAACCUACUUAAAAAAGAAGAGAGUGUACUGAGUUAAGUUCUCUCCUUAUAAACUCAUAAGGUUCUUUGCAGUAUCUCUGCUGUUCAUCGCUGCCUUAACUACAUUCAGACUAGCCAUAUCCUUUAAAUUACGGGUUUAUAACUUCCCAGAACGAACUGUGUUGUGCAGCAGGCAGAAUUGCCAAGUAAAAAAAGUAAGUAGCAAUAAGAGACAUCAGUUGAGGACAUAUUCCACUAGAAUUAGACACAUCUUAAUCAAUGUGCUAUUAACUUAGUCCAUUGGGGAAAUUAACAUAUAUUCCAAUAUUCCUUGUUUAGGACUGGGAAUAAUUUUGACACCAUAUAUAGAAGUGUGAAGCAAUAAAAUGGGAAACAUUCUUGGUUUCCCAAGCCUUAGAAUACAUUUCUGAUAAGCCAGUGUGCAUUUCAAUUUACUUGAUCUGGAAGUAAUCUCAUUCACAAAUUUUUAGAACUUUUACUAGAAUUAGAGUGCAAGUACAAAAUGCAGUGACUGGUAAUGUUAUACUCUACAUGAAAACUUCAUAAUCACCCCCCGAUACCAGUCAUGCGCUGUAAAACUCAAAACACAGAGGUGACAUCCAAGGUAUACACCACUACCGAUGCUUUACGCUUAGUAUAUUAUUUACCACUAAUACCUCUUGUGGGGGGGAAAAGGUAUUUUUUUAAGUAGCUUUGGUGAUCUAGUAAUAAUUUCAGGGGUUGGCAAACUACUCCCUGUGGUCAAAUUCAGUCCUCCACCUGUUUUUGUACUGCCUGCAAGCUAAGAAUGAUGUUUACAUUUUUAAAUGUUUGGAGGAAAAAAAAGUAUGACUUGAAAUUCAUAUUUCAGUGUCCAUACAUAAAAUUUUAUUCAAACACAACCAUGCUUAUCACUUACAUAUCAUCUAUGGCUAAUUUCUGUGCUACAGUGGCAGAGCUGAGUAGCUGCAAAGCGUAAAAUAUUUACUAUCUGGCCCUUUAUAAAGUUCACAGACUCCUGAUCUAAUACCAUUCAUUCCCUAAUCCUUUUAUUUUACACCUACAAAAAGACUUAAAUUUUGCAACAGAUUUGUAAGUAAGUGGCAAUAAACAUAGGUUUCUAAGUCUUGUUUUGUAGAAUAGUGAUGAUUAAUUUACACGUUUUGGUCAUCAAAUGCCCUAUUUCCACAGUAAAGCAGUCAAUUCUGCCAUUUCUAAAGGGGUCUUAUGAGGUAACAGUAUUUAUAACCAUUCUUAGAUAAUAAGCUAUACCUCACUCUCUGCUUUGUUUCUUAUUCAGUUGCAGUGUGUUAGGCUGAAAAAUUAUCCAGGUGUUUAACCCAGUUUUAUCCAGCUUCCUUUCGAAAGAACUGUGUUUACUGCACAUAACUUUUGACAUCACCAUUUCCUGAAGACCUUGGUAUUCAAAAUGCAUGAGAAACCCUUUUGCUAUCCAGAAUGUCUAAGUUUGUUCUUUGUUAUGAAACACUAAUUGAUGAUGUAGAAUUUAGGGGGUCUCAGUGAUCCUAGUCUUUUUGAAAUCAGAUCUUUAAGUAUCUUGUAUUUGAGGGACUUUAUAAUAGAGGGUAUCACUCCUGUUUUAGAAGUUUAAAACUGGUAUAUAUGAUUUGUAAUGUAUUGCUUAUAUUAACUUCUUCUGGCAAAUGACAGCUAGAAAGUUAAACUAAGAUAAUUUCCAGUAAGUAUACUACCUAUAAAUAACCAAAUCAGGAUGGGCAUCACUCAAUUCUGACUCAGCAGAUGAAAAAUGGGUUCCCCAUGCUCUGCACUUCUUGUUUUCCUGUUGCAUUAAGCCUCUUCAGUGCUUUGUCAUAACUCUAUGACAGUAGAAGACGAAGAUGGAAAUUUUAGAAAUACAAGCAGAAAGAGGUUGAAAGAACUAAAAGGUACUUUGAGUUAACAGGUGUGGGUCUGCUAUCCAUACUGGCCUGUGCCCCAUUGGGACAUAAGAGAUAUGACACAUGACUCAAGUGGUGUUAGUAUAAGGACUAUUACCCAUGCUCUCCCCACCAGUCCAUACUGUUAUUUUUCUAUGUAAACAAAUUGUUUGUAAUGCUUUGAAAAUGAACUCUUAAUAUUAAAAGGCAUAUGCAUGUGAAGGGUCCAUAUAUUUAUUUGUAUAAAGAGUAAACAAAGUGCAUAGAGAGUGGCCACAGGUUUGAUACAGACAGAGACAUUUGUGAUGCAGGGUUAUUGAACAGAUUUAUAAAUGGCCAGUUUAUUGCUGCCAUUGAAUCAAUACACAAUUCUCUUUUCAGGAUCAAGGGGGAAAAAUAAUGAUAUCAAACAAAUAAUAGACAGCAUCAACAAAAAGUUUUGCAGACUCUUGGUCAAAAAAAGAUCUAUAGUUCACAUUGAAUCAGAUUUGACAUUUUGAUUACCCAGCAGUCUCCAAGCAAACUGAAAACCGCCUAGUGGAUCCUGAACUCCAUAGUCUUCUGGCUGGGUCUUUCAAGUUUUGCACAAUAGGGUGAUGGUCAAAAUAGUGAUCGACUCUUGUAGAUGGAUGGUAAGUACUGAAACACUCUAAGAACAGUGCAAUGUACAUGGUAUAUAUGCGCUCAGCAUCCAGAACCAAUGCUGGAACAGCUUGCCCCAAAGUGGUCGAGUUACAAAAGGAUAUACACUGACAUUUCUGAAAAGCAUGUAUCCAGGUUGUUGGCCUCGGUUCUGAUUAAAGGGUAUACUGUUUAGGGAAGCACUGGCACAGGUUUAGUUCUCAAGAAUUAACGUCAUGCAGCAAAGUAUCUAUUCCACAGCUGCCCCUCUGGGUAUGUAUGACCAGUCUUCUCAAAAAUGGGUACCACUGGUCACCCAAGGGGACAGGAGCUAAGCCACUGCAAAAACAACUCAAAGUUGAUGUCCUACUGUUGACAGGAAUACACUCAUCUUUGUAUAGAGACAAUAGUAUACUAACUGGUAUCUAUAUUUCAAGAAUGUUUCAUCUAUCAUGGUAUAGAUAUUGAAGUUUGAGGGCAUAUUAGAGUAUUGGCUAAAUUCAUCAAUCCUUAUCUUUAUGUGCCAGAAAAAUAUUUCAUAUCAACUGGCAGCUAAGAAAAAACAAUCAUCUUGAGACUACUUUGGUCAGCUCCUCUUAUUUUGAGAAAUCCCAUUCUGGUACUCAACUGUGAUGGUAAACUAACCAAACAGUGAUAUAUUCUUUCCAAAAGGAGGAGUGCUUAAGUGCUUUCUAACAUUUUGGUUGUCACUAUGUUACAGGUAUCAGAUUUAAAGAGGAAGUACUUACACAUAUUAAGCAUGUGUAAUAUGCUUAAUAUGUGCCUUAUAUAUGGAUACGUACCCUGGUAUCUUUUUAGACAGAAUACAAACUUUUUCCAGUAACAAUUUUUGUAAAUGGCUUGGGUACUGGUUGGGGGUAGGAGGACUUGAUACACAUUAGAAUUUAAAUGUUACUCAUGCUUCUUAGAAGUGCUUCAAAUCCUUCAAUAAGGUUCUGAAAGGUUGUCCGAUUAGAUGGUUGAAAUUCCCAACACUUUCGCAUAUGUUGAUAAACCUAUUUAAAAAAAAAAAAAAAACGGUAAAAAACGUUUAGGAGCUUUUUUUUUUUUUUUUUUAAGUAUAGAAACAUCAAGAACAUAAUUUUGAAAAUGUGAAUGAGUUUCCUUAAGUCCUACUAUAAAACAAGAGUAUUUGAAUAACUUAAAAUAUAGAAAAUGUGGCACAUCUGUAAGUAAGUAUUAGAUAGUAAUAUUUAAUAUUAUAAGUAUUUUAAUAUUUGAGAAGUUCAUGGCUUAACUGACCUUGCAAAAAAUCCAGGUCACAAAUUACUGUAAGCCAAUUUAAGGGUGAUGUUAUAGCUCAGUUUAGACUACAGAUUUCCAUACUGGCUGCUUCAUUCUUUGGCUCAUACAUACUAUUCAAUGUAUUUAAAUAGUCUAAAUAAUUAGUCUUAAAGCAGUUCAGUUAGAAAUACAGAAAACUGACUGUCACAAUAAGGUAACAUCAAAAUAUGCUCCUUUCGGGUGCUCACUGAGGUAAGCCUACUAUUGAAGGGAAUUCCUUCCUUUGAACAGUGUGUGGUUGUCAUUUGCCCCAAAGAUGGUUUUCUCAGGUGGCCGAAAUUCAGCAUCAGAAAUCUAUUUUAAAAUGCAAGCAGUGAAAACAGUUUUAUUACUGCGAAAUGGCCCAUAAAUACCUCAUCUGGACAGUUUGGUGGACACGGCAAGCGUUUUCCUUCUUUUAAUGUGUUCACGAGUCUUGUUACCGUCAUCUGACCAUGAGUUGGGCCUAUCAUUUUCAGGAACAACUAUGAAAAAUAAAAAUCAAAUGAAAUAUUUUACUUUUUGCACAUAUUUAUAUGAACUCCAGAGAGGUUCAAGUAGGAUUUCUAGAAUUGGAAAUGAAAACAAACAGGGCUUUUCUCCUUAGUAACUCAAAGUCCAAGACGCUUUUCCUUUCCAUUACAACACACUGAUUCUUUAUGAACCAAACUUACAAAGCAGAGGGAUGGACACGUUUUCACUGGGGGCCAGAUUCAAACAAAGGACAAGUGUGACUUACGGCCAUGGGACUGGACUCUGAAUCACAGUAAGUGAGCAGCUCGUGCAAAGUCACUCCGAAAGACCAGACAUCAGAGGCGAUAUAGAACUUACACUGAAUUAAACAUUCUGGAGCAUACC